AUGACGUCUCACUGGGAGUUGCAGGAUGCAGAUGCGACCACCGAGGAUAGUGAUGAUGAUGAUUUGGGGUACCCGAGGACCGCCAAAGUAGCCGCAAAGCGGCGUAGUCCCGCGCCGCUUCCUAGCGAUAGGCCUUCAAAACGCACUAAGGCUUCGCGAGUAUCUCCGGUAACACCUAGCAGGGAAGAUACAGUCGACUUGUCCAAUAUUCCAAGCGAACAGAGUGACCACGAAUUUAACAAUGGCGAAGCAGUGUACAAGGAGUUUAAGAACCGUAAGACUGUCCAGCGAAGGAAGUCAGCUGCACAGAUGCGCAAAACGCGAAAGGUUCAAAAGGUUCAACGGGACUCUAUUGUUGGUCGUCGUCCGCGUGGAGUUGAAAGCCGCAGGCCGGUACGUCUACCGCGGGAAUAUGGCGACGUCACUUCUGAUGAGGAUAUGAUGGAACAUACCUUACCGGACUACCUACAAAGGCGGAGCGGCGUCUUUGAUAAAAAGAGGGAACAGUUGCUAGAGGCUGGGUUAAAGCUACCGCCCAAUUUCGAUGAUAUGGAAUUUUCAGAUGAUGAGCAGCUUGAUUCCCUGAUGGAGAAACCGGGCUUUUCCCAUGUGAAGCCGUCACGCAAGUACGAGGACAUCCAGUUGCCGUACUCGUUAGGCUUGAUACCCGCGCCAAUCGCUCAGUGGCUUCGUGAUUAUCAGGUUGAUGGGGUUAGCUUUCUUCAUGAGUUAUUCGUUUACCAAAAGGGCGGUAUACUCGGUGAUGAUAUGGGUCUGGGAAAGACAGUUCAAGUUAUUGCCUUUCUCACCGCUGCAUACGGUAAAACCGGCGAUGAGAGAGAUGCUAAGAGAAUGCGCAAGAUGAGAAGAAAAGGCGAAUCUACCUGGUACCCACGAACCUUGAUUGUGUGCCCUGGGACGCUUAUCCAGAACUGGAGAGAUGAACUUGACCGAUGGGGUUGGUGGCAUGUGGAUGUUUAUCAUGGAGAAUCAAAGGAUGCCGCUCUCAAGUCUGCUGCAUCCGGGAGGGUGGAGAUUCUAAUCACCACAUAUGUUACCUAUCGUUUGAAUCGAAGUGCUAUUAAUAUGGUGGAAUGGGACUGUGUGGUCGCGGAUGAGUGCCACAUUAUCAAGGACCGAAAAUCGGAGACCGCGAAGUCGAUGAAUGAAAUAAACGCGCUAUGCAGGAUUGGUCUUACGGGAACCGCCAUUCAGAAUAAGUAUGAGGAGCUAUGGACCUUACUGAAUUGGACGAACCCUGGAAGAUUUGGUCCCAUCUCCACCUGGAGAUCUACGAUAUGUGAACCGCUGAAAGUCGGGCAGUCUCAUGAUGCCACAGUUUACCAACUCAGCAGAGCAAGGAAGACUGCAAGGAAACUGGUAAACAAUCUUCUUCCAGCCUUCUUCCUGCGACGAAUGAAGUCUCUUAUUGCAGAUCAAUUACCGAAGAAAAGUGAUCGGGUUGUCUUUUGUCCUCUCACAGAAACACAGUCAGAGGCAUACGAAAAUUUCUUGGAUAGUGAUAUAAUUGACUAUAUUAAGAAUUCAUCUAACUACUGUCACUGUGGGUCAGGCAAGAAGGCUGGGUGGUGCUGUCGGAUGAUUUUACCCCAGGGAGGCAAAUGGCAGAGCUAUGUCUUCCCUGCUAUUUCAAAUCUUCAGAAGCUCAGCAAUCAUCUUGCAAUACUAAUACCACAGCCUAUGGAUCCAAAGGAUAAACAGGCAAAAGAUUUGGAAAUGUUACAAGUCGCUGUGCCAGACCGUUGGAGAGAGUUAUACCGUACGCGAGGCUCAAUUUUGAACUACUCGAAUCCAGAAUUUUGUGGGAAGUGGAAAAUUUUGAAGAAACUUCUCAAGUGGUGGCAUGCGAAUGGAGACAAAGUACUCGUCUUCUCUCAUAGUGUCCGGCUACUUAAAAUGCUACAAAUGCUUUUCAACCACACGAGCUAUAACGUGAGCUACUUAGAUGGGGCAAUGACUUAUGAGGACAGGUCCAAUGUCGUUAACUCUUUCAACUCAGACCCUCGGCAGUUUGUCUUUCUAAUAUCCACCAGGGCAGGUGGUGUAGGCCUCAACAUCACCUCGGCGAAUAAAGUUGUUGUUGUUGAUCCAAAUUGGAAUCCUUCUUAUGACCUUCAGGCGCAGGAUCGUGCAUAUCGAAUUGGCCAACUCAGAGACGUGGAAGUGUUCAGACUAGUGUCCGCGGGCACCAUUGAAGAGAUCGUCUAUGCCCGCCAAAUAUACAAGCAGCAGCAGGCAAAUAUCGGCUAUAAUGCCAGCACUGAGAGACGAUAUUUCAAGGGUGUUCAGGAAAAGAAAGAUCAAAAGGGGGAAAUCUUUGGUUUGGCAAAUCUCUUCGAAUAUCAGAAUAACAACAUUGUUUUGAGGGACAUCGUGAAUAAAACGAACAUAGCAGAAAGCAAAGCUGGCGUCCAAGUCAUUGAAUUUGAAAUGGAGGGAGAACAGACUCCUGAUAACCCUGACGGAGAGGAUGAAAAACCCUCAGCCUCUCUAGUGGACGAGGACGACGAUGUUGCAAUAAGCCAACUUGCCGCUCUAGUUCGUGGUGAAGCCGAUUUUCUUAAGAACUGGGGAGGUGAGGCUAACAAAAAACCCACUCCAAUGCUCAAGCACGACCCCAUCCAGGCCAUUCUUGCCGGCGCAGGCGUGGAAUACACACAUGAAAACACCGAGGUUGUCGGGCCUUCCAAAGUCGAAGCCCAGCUCAGCCGUCGUGCUGAAAUGGUUAAUGACGGAGAGGAGGUUGGCGAAGAACAAGUCUUCAGACCAGAAUCGAGAGACGGAAAUUCUACCAGCAUUUUUGUUCGUGGCAAGCAUGGACAGUCAGCUCGAUUCAAAUAUCAUCCUCCCCAUGACGUUAUGAAGCGCCAAUUCUGUAGCAUGGCUACACGCUACGGUUUCCGGGACGUGACCGAAUUUGCACUUACAGUCGAGGGUUUGACCCAAGCCCAGCGGAGAAUGUGGCUGGAGAAUUGGUAUAAGGAACGAAGGGAGAAAUUGCUUGGUGAUGGAAAGCCCAAGGAGCCUCGUGAGAUUACUUGA